UCUUUUUUUCAUUAUUCUUUUUUUUUUUUUUUUUUUUUUUCGUUUUUUGGCUUGCAGUCAUGGUCCGAACUCGCUCCAGCUCGACGCCGGACGACUCGGCGGCCAACACGACGCCUGGAAGCCCCGACCACCUUGCCAAGACAAACGACUUGUCCAUGCUCUCGGACUUGAACGAGACGACCUUGCUGCGCGAACUCGCUGGCCGAUAUUCCGCGCAGCAGAUCUAUACGUACAUCUCCGACAUUCUCAUCGCCAUCAACCCGUUCCAAGACCUGGGCUUGUACACGAGUGCGCACGCCGAAAGGUACAAGCUUGCGCCACGAAGGGCACAUCCGCCGCACGUUUACGCCGUCGCGGAUGCGUGCUACCAGAACAUGCUGCGUUCAAAACGCUCGCAGUGCGUGAUCAUUUCGGGCGAGAGCGGCAGCGGUAAAACAGAGACCACCAAGCAUCUGGUGCGUCAAAUUGUCGAGAUAUCCCGCGCAGCAACCAUCAACAAGCUGGAGGAUCGCAUUCUGCAGGUCAACCCCCUGCUGGAAGCGUUCGGCAAUGCGCAGACGUCCAUGAACUCAAACUCGUCUCGCUUUGGCAAAUUUAUCGAGCUGGGCUUUGACAAGAACGGCUCGGUGGUGGGCGCCUCCAUUUCGCACUACUUGCUGGAAAAGUCGCGCGUUGUCGGGCAUGCGUAUGGCGAGCGCAACUUUCACAUCUUCUACUAUCUGCUGGCCGGCGUUCAAAGCAGCCGAAAAAAGUACAACCUGACCGUCGCCAGCGACUACCGCUACUUGCGCUCGCACGCUGCUCCCUCGGCCGAGUACGCCCAAGCAACCUAUGUCGGCGGUGCUGUAGGAUCUGGGUCGCAACCACCACCUGCGCCGGAAGACACGGCCGAGACACGCCGCCUCGAAGCGCGCAGCUUUGGCAAGCUCGACACGCUCAUGGAAGACAUUGGCUUUACGCCUCCGCAGCGCGAACACUUGAGCGCCCUGCUCGCCGCCAUUCUGCAUCUUGGCAACAUUGAGUUCAAGUCCAACGACCGCGACGAGGCUGUCGUGUCAAACGACAAAGCCAUUCGCCAUGUGGCAGAAAUUUUCGACUUGCCCAUCAAGGACAUUGGCGACGCUCUCACCAUCAUCACAACUGUGACGGGCGGCGACACAAUCAAGCGCCACGUGACUGUUGAGCAGGCUGUUGAAGCGCGCGAUGCGAUGGCGAAAAUCAUGUACCAGUUCAUCUUUGGGUGGAUUGUCCGCUUUGUCAACAAGCUCUUCAUGACGGCAGCCAGCAUUGCUCAGCAGACUGCCCGCGCCGUCGAUGCAGCAGCCGAUGGCGACCAAACGGCCACUGCCGAAGCUGUCGCCACAUCCAAGGCCAUCUCGUCCAAAAUGUUGGGCGCUCAGCGAGCCCACGCCGCUACCGUUCAAGAGGCACAUGCAACAAUUGGCAUUCUUGAUAUUUUCGGUUUUGAAAACUUUGCCCGCAACUCGUUCGAGCAGCUGUGCAUCAACACGGCGAACGAAUCGCUCGCCAACUACUUCAUCCAGCACGUCUUCAAGUGGGAGCAAGAUGAGUACGCCCGAGAAGGCAUCCAGUGGCAGCACGUGUCCUUCCUCGACAACCAAGAGUGCCUGAGCCUCCUCACGGGACGGCCCAUCGGCAUUUUUGCAGUGCUCGAUGAAGAGAGCCACUUUCCACGCGCGUCAGACCAGAGCUUUAUUGCAAAGCUCACCUACCAAUUUGGCAAGCAUCCUUACUUUAUCAAGCACCCCAAGUUGGGCACGGACGCGUUCAUUGUCAAUCAUUUUGCGAGUCGUGUGAGCUACGACGCCACCUUCUUCCUCGAGAAAAACCGCGACACCGUCCCCGAAGCCAUCCUGCAGCUCUUGCGGUCGACCAACGUCUCGCUUCUGGACGAAAUUCUUGAAAGUGAGCCCUCCUUGCAAGUCGCAGCGCCGGAUGCUGCUGCCGCCGGCCCUUCUGCAGAUCCCCGUGGCGUUGGGCGCCAGAACUCAAACAAGAAGGUAACGCGCGGAAACUCCAAAAAGCUACUUCGCGCUCCUUCCAAGAAAGCUGCUCUGGGCACCGUUUCCAAGGCUGGCGGCAACAAGUCUCGGGUCCGAUCAACCGUUGCCAUGAUCUUCCGGGAGUCGCUCGCUGAACUCAUGAAGAAGGUGGGCGACGCAACUCCGCACUUUGUUCGCUGCAUCAAGCCAAACGCGGGCAAGGUGCAUGGCCUGUUCGAUAAGGAGUACAUCCUGCUGCAACUCUCGUACGCCGGUGUGCUCGACACUGUUCGCGUUCGUCGACAGGGCUACGCGCUCCGUAUUUCGUUCGACGAUUUCGUCAGCCGCUACAAGGUUACAGCCUUCCGUCUGUCUGAUCCAUUGCCGGCAACACCAGAAAGCUGCAGCAGAAUUCUCAACGCAGUGGUGGGUCCCGAGGGCUGGCAAAUCGGCAUUUCACGAGUCUUUGUGAAGGCUCAACAGACCGAAAGGCUCGAUGCCAUUGCUGACGAGUUUUUCCGCAAGAUCGUGGUCGUUCAAAAAGCCACUCGAGAAGCUCUGGCGCGCUUGCAGUUCGCUCGUCUUGCUCAAAAGCGUCGCGAAGAGGAAGAGCGCAUCAAGCAGCAGCAACGCUUGGAGGAGGAGCAGCGGCUCGCGGAAGAGCAGAGACUUCUCGAGGAGGAGCGGAUCCGCCAGAUCGAGGCCGAGCUCGCCCGACAGCAGGAAACAUUCCGGCAAGAACAGCUGAAGCAGGAGCGACUUGCUCUGCAAGCCGAGAUGGAGAGUCGUCUGGCUCAGGAGCAAGAGCGUCAAGCCGAGCUCGACCGCAACGCUCAGUCCUUCCUCCAGAUGGACGUGGACUAUCAGAAUCUGGACGAUAGCGGGAAUGUGCUGUCCCGCGAGUACAACCCGACAAACCGGCCCCCUUCGCCACGCCCCUCGGCGGCAGCGCCAGAAAUCGCUCCUCGCAUCCCUUCACGUGGGGCGAGCUUGCUUCCUCCUGCCGAGCGGCAUCGUCGCACAAUGUCCGUCGGACCGGGCAGUGGUUCUCAAACGGACCUGCCGCACCCGUUGUCCGAGGAGCAAAUUUAUCGCGAAAUGAUCGAGCAACAACUAUGGUACCAUGGUAUGCUCAGUCGAACGGAUGCCGAGCGCAAGUUGGCUUCCAAAAAUGUUGGCACCUUCCUUGUGCGUGUUGCAGACAACCAAAUGGGCUUUUGCAUUUCGUUGCGGCGUCCUGAAGGCUGCAAGCACUAUCCCGUUGCCAUGCAGAAGGAUCGGUUUUGGGUGAUUGGCGAGGAAGCCGACAACUUUGCUUCGCUGCUCGAAGUGGUGGAGCACUAUCGCUUCCUGACCAUCUCCACCGACGGCGACCGUCUGAUGUACGACGAACUGGUGCAAGAGCAGUACGGCUACAGCGACCAGAUUGAUCUCGUGUCUGUCGCCCGUGUUCGCCGCAACGCUCAGAUUCGCGCCGACUGCGAGUUUGCUCAGCAAAUUGCCCGACAAGAGACGGCGCGCGCCAAACGCAAAAUGCAGCAACAGAGCCUCCAGGCGCCUCCUGUUGCCAUUCCUUCCAUUCCGCAGCUCACCGUCAACCAGCGCCCACUUGCAUCACAACCCACCUCGCAGCCGUCCAUCCCUCAGAUUGUUCUUGGAGGCACCUCUCCCGUCGCUGUGCGUCGUGGCGUGAACGGCCCGGCACCCGUCGCAGUGCCCAGCAUGGAGCGCAGCGCCUCCCCUGCUCCGUACGAGAGCCGAACCCCGCGGGCCGAGUCGCCCGUGACCACGUCGUUGUCGUACAUGCUGAAAGGCGAAGAGCUUGAAGCCUUCAACCAGGAAAUCGAACGUAUCAAGUCCUUGCUGCGCAUUGAGGCACGCAUGAUUGACGCUGCUGAAAAGCUGGUCAAAGGAGGCACCAUGAGCAAGCACGCACAGAACGAGCGUGUCAUGUCGCUCGAGGAUGCCUACUCCAACCAAGAACAGCUGACUGUUCGCUUGCGCGAGAUGGAAGCCAUGGGGCCCCAAGCCCGAGUCGAGUGGGCCAAGAAGGCAAUCUACCAGCGCAAUUUCGACUUUGACAGUGCCUCCUCGCCGGCGAGCAGCCGGUCUGGCACCAUGUCCGGCCGUGGCCGAGCGCUGCGUCCCAACUUGUUUGACAUUGAACGUGUCCCUGCUGGGUUGGUGACCCCGACCACUCCGACCACUCCAACGGCGUUCGCCAGCUCCCCAACCUCCCGCUCUGCCGCGACGUUCAACUACCCCUCGUCCACGACGAGCAGCACGAGCAGCACAUCUUCCUUUGGAUCUCCGGCGCAGGUCUCGAGCAUUGCCAAUGUCAACCGCGGUGCUGUCAUGAGCAGACCAACACAUGUCGACGCUGCGCCGCAUGUCCAGUCCAUUCCUGUCGGUACAGCGCAGCUCGUGACGCGCACAACCUCGCUCGCGUCUCCCGACUCGACGACCUCUCUUGACUCGGUCACCAAAGGCGUGACAAAGAAGCGCUGGGCGAAAAACAACCCACUCCAAGGAAACGGAAUCAAUACCCGAGUCGCGUCUCGUAAAUGAGAGCGAAAUUUUUAAAUGCUAGUGUGUCUACUGAUUUGUUUGCAAGAUCUGUAGACUCUUUUUUCUUUCGUUUUUGCAUGUAUGUUCUGAGUUGUCAACAAUCUACCGGUUAGAUGUUC